AUGGCGUCAAAAUUGCAGACUUUCAUUCAUUCCUCAAGUGAAAAAGGCCUCUCGAGUGUCACGACUCUGAUUGUGGGCCAGAGUCUGGCUGUUCUCAUUGACCCUCCAUUCUUGAUCCCCGAUGCCAAAUCUGUGGUCGAAUGGGUCAAGAAAACGACCAACGUGGCUUUGAAGGCGGUCUUCAUCACACACCACCACCCGGACCAUUACUUCUCCGCGAAUCCCAUUCUCGAAGCAUUCCCCAGCGCAACCCUCUAUGCUGCACCAUACGUCUGUGCCGGUAUCGAUCGAGAAUAUGACGAGAAGGUGAAGUACUGGCCGUCGGUGUUUGGCAAGGAAAACGUGCCGGCCCAGCCUCGAAAGCCCACCCCCUUUACGUUCAGCUUCCUGCAGCUCGAAGGCAACCCCCAGUCGCCCAUUGUCCUUCUGGGUCCGUUACAGGGCGACUCCGUGGACCAUACGCUGUUCUGGCUGCCCACAGAGCGGGUCAUCAUUUGCGGUGAUUCCGUCUACGCCCGGAGCACCCACGUUUGGGUUGAAGAGAUUGAAACGCCGCAGAUCCUGGAGGCAUGGAACAAAACGCUCGACGUCAUCGAAGCUCUCCAGCCUGUGCAGAUCAUCCCCGGCCACUUGGAGGCUGGGUGGGUCCCGGACGCUACGCAAGACAUGGCGCACAUGCGGAAGUACCUGCAGCUGUUCUCGGAGAAAAUCACCUAUGCCGACAAGAAGCCACAGGUGAAGGACCUGUUCGAGGUCUUCAAGGCGGCCUUCCCGCAGGCGGACAAGAACUUGGACUUCUUCCUGGGCCACCUGUCGAACCAGUUUGGGGAAGGAGGCGAGAUCUGGGAGGAGAACAGACACCACGACGUCGGGGCGCGGACGACGGAGCAGUUGCAGGGGUUCCUGAUCAAGCUGUAG